CAGUCGCGUGACUAAUUGCACCGGAACGCGCAGAAUAAACUUUUUCGGCGUUUCCUGCCUUGCCUGGAAUUUGUCAGUAUGUCUAAUGGGAUAUAUGGUGUCGGCUGUCAGAGAAGACCACCGAUCGUGCAUGCUCGUCUUUAGCUGAACUAAUAUAUCCCUCUAUUAUCGAUUUUUUGCCAAGUGGAGUUUAUCGGUUUCAGAAGCCUACCAAAGUGAAAGAUGCAUGAAAGAACCAGUCUUCUGGCAAAUCUGGGACCGGCUGGGACUCGGAUCUGAGGAGCUGCCUACAGGUGGGAGCCUGACUUACUGAGGGACUCGUCCUCAUGGAGGGACAGGCGACCUGGCCUGACGUCAGCAUCCCCUGCCACAAUGAGCAGAGGGACAAGAAGAAGCGCUACACCGUUUACAAAGUGAUGGUCAGAGUAGGACGGAGGGAAUGGUUUGUGUUCAGGAGAUACACAGAAUUUGACAAACUUUAUAACACGUUACGGAAGCAGUUUCCCGCGUUAAACCUGAGGAUCCCAGCCAAGAGGAUAUUUGGGGACAAUUUUGAUCCUGAGUUUAUAAAGCAGAGGAGGAAUGGACUCCAUGAAUUCAUCCAGAGCAUCGUCUCACGCCCUCAGCUCUGUACCCACCCGGAAGUCAGAACCUUCCUCCAGAUGGAUAAACCCAAAAACUUCUCCGAUGGCUCUGAGGAUGAUGAUGAUAAGAGUAGCUCCCCCAGAGAUGUCAAUCUGGGUCCCUCCGCCAAUCCACACGCCAAACCGACAGACUUUGACUUCCUGGCAGUCAUCGGGAAGGGCAGCUUUGGAAAGGUUCUCCUUGCCAAGCGGAAGCUGGACGGGAAGUAUUACGCUGUAAAAGUCCUGCAGAAACGAAUCAUAGUGAACAGGAGGGAGCAAAAGCACAUCAUGGCUGAGCGGAAUGUGCUUCUGAAGAGCCUCCAGCACCCCUUCUUGGUCAGUCUGCACUACUCCUUCCAGACCACAGACAAGCUCUAUUUCAUUUUGGACUUCGUCAAUGGUGGAGAGCUGUUCUUUCACCUCCAAAGAGAGCGGACUUUUCCAGAACCUCGAGCCAGAUUCUAUGUAGCGGAAAUGGGAUGUGCUCUGGGCUACUUGCAUUCAUUGAAUAUUGUUUACAGGGAUUUGAAACCAGAAAAUAUCCUCCUGAACUUUGAAGGGCACGUUGUGUUGACCGAUUUCGGACUGUGCAAAGAAGGCAUUUCCCGCGAUGAGACCACAAACACUUUCUGUGGCACCCCGGAGUACCUGGCCCCAGAGGUGCUGAAGAAACAGCCAUAUGACAGCACAGUGGACUGGUGGUGUCUGGGCUCUGUACUCUACGAGAUGCUUUAUGGCCUGCCCCCCUUCUACAGCAGGGACACCCAGGAGAUGUAUGAGAACAUCCUUCAUAAGCCGGUUCCUGUCCACCAGGGGGCAUCUUCCAAUGCGUCAUCAAUCCUGCAGGGACUGCUGGAGAAGGACUGCAGGCUUAGGCUGGGUGCUGCUGGGGACUUUAAUGAGAUUCAAAAACACCCCUUCUUCUCUUCUAUAAGUUGGGAGGACCUGGAGCAGAAAAAAAUUCCACCACCGUUCAAACCCAACGUGAACUCGCCAUGCGACAUAAACAACUUUGAUCCAGAAUUUACGGAUGAGACCGUUCCCAAUUCCAUUUGCUAUUCUGGGGAACAAUCUGUGGUCAAUGCCAGUGUCCUAGAACCCGAUGAUGCAUUUUUGGGCUUUUCUUAUGCUCCACCUUCAGAUGACUCCUUCCUUUAAAAGUUUCAAACAGGAUCUACAAAUGGCUUAAGUGACAAACACUGUUUAAAAAAAAAAAAAGGGAAGUGUUACUUUCCUGGGGUCAGAUCUAGUUCUACAACAAGCCGAAAUAUUCGUAUAUUCAAAAAUCCAAAAAAUUCAUUUGGGAAAGUGCAUCACUGCUGGGUCGUAAGCAAAACUGGGUAAGUAGUGACUGGGUCUCAGUCACUAGUUUUCAAUGUGUUUCUACAGCUGGCAUUUAAAGGAAGUUCUUACAGGAAGAAACGGGGAAAAAAGUCAGGAUCCAGUUGCCAAAGUCUAAACGUGAUUAAACAGUCGCUGACCACAAAACACCCUUUUUUGUACCAAGUCUUAACGUUUCUGUGUUUCGUUGAACAACAAACAUCUGACGGCGACCAUGUCCUGUGCGUAGUACUGUAAAUAAGAUGUAAUGAUGUGUCGUUUAAUUGUAACUCCAGAUUAUGCUAGAGGUUAUUGGAGCCGUUUCUGUAAAGUUAACUGAACUAUACUCAGAGCUCCAUUAUAAAUAAAGCAUUUUUAAUGGCUACAUCCAUUUGCCGUAUUUGUGUCUCAUAGAGUCUGUUAGUGUUGAUCACCUGCUAACCUGUGCUGAGCGCUGGGUUUGUAUUCCGCGUUACCUGUGACGCGGCUCGGGGUAGCGAAGUGUUGACCUCAGUCAUGUGACACGAAUGAGGCGCCGUUUACCAAUGUACAGCCUUUCUGAAAUGUAGGUAAUUAAACAUAUAAUAAUUAUUAUUAA